AUGAGUUUUUUACCGAAUUUUGAAUUUGGUAUUCUCUAUUUUGAUUUUCUUCUACAUAAAUCAAUUGAUGAUUGGAAAAGAUACUUCUCUAAUCAACCACCAACUCCAUAUUCUGAUGGGAAGAAUUUGUUCACUAAAACAUUUUCAACAGGAAGUUUCUUUAUUACAGAUUGUAAAUUCGGAGAUAUGAAAACAACAUGCAUCAAAGUAGAAUCUGAGGGAAUGGCAUAUUUAGGAGUCAGUGAAACAGAAUUUAAUCAAUGUUCUAGUUAUGAAGGUUCUCCCUGCACAUAUUUUGAAUCUGGAUCAUUUUUCCAAUAUCGAGUUAAGGGAAUAAACCGUACCAUCACACCUGGAGUAAGUAAUGGAAUUCAAACAGGAAUUAUAGCAAGAGAGAAUAGUCAAGACUUAAAUACCGUAGAAGAAACUUCAGCUUCAGGCCAUCAUAGUGAAACAGCAGGUUCGGUACUUUGUAAUUGGUAUGGAAAUAUUUCAUAUAUUUCAGUAAAUGUUAGCAAAUGCAAAUCAUUAUUUAAUGUUGGAUAUCUCAUUUUUAACGACGCAUCAGGUAUAUCCAGAACAAAAUUUUGCUACUUUACAUCGAACGAAGCAUCUGAAAUAUGUCAUUGGCAUUUGCACUCACAGCACUUUAUUAGUUGCAGUAAUUAUUUAAAUAGUUCUUACACUUCACCAAAUGCAACUGAUCCUGGAUUUUUCAAUCUUGGAUUUUCAAAUGCUUCCCUUUCGAUUUCAAAUUCUGUAAUAAAAGAUAACUCUGGUAAAGCUUUGUUAUAUUCAAACCCUGAUAACUGUAGUAUUAUUGUAGACAGAUGUCAUUUAGACAAUCCAAAAAUAGAAAAAGUAGCAUAUAGCCAGGGUAACAUACAAUUUAUGAAUAAGAAUUUCAUUUACAUAUUAAAUGUUCCAUAUAAGAAUUGUAUUUUCACAGAUAUCAAAUACAAAACUAUUUAUGUGAACAAAUUAUGUAGAUGUGAUUCAAAUUUCAUUUAUUACUUUGCAUUUUUAUCUAAAUAA